AUGACAAAAGAAUCCAAGCACGACGACAAGAUGGCAGGACAAUCUGGCAUCCAAGCCAACGUCCAAGCUGUCCCGCAAGCUGUGGGUUCUGUCGCCCCCGUCCCAACCCCAAUGGGUUCAACGGAUAAAGCCUCGAGUCAAACAAAAGACCAACUAUCAGCUGCCGAAGAAGGGCCCCAAAACGAUGCUGUCGCCCCUCUCCAGAAACGCAGCAGGCUGGGCGAGCGGCCAGCCGUCUUCAGGACCACGGUGCACGAAGUCCUGUUCGUGUUCAUGGCCACGUCGGCGGUCAUGUCGUGGUCGUUCCUCGUCGGCGCCGUCGCGACCGUGACGGCCCAGAUCGGCCAAGACCUCCGCAUGUCGCAGAGCGAGAUCACCUGGAUCGCCGCCUCGACGUCCCUGACCGCCGGCGCCUUCCAGCUGGCUCUCGGACAGCUUGCCGACCUCCUGGGCCGGCGGCUCAUGUUCAUAGUCGGCCUGGCCUCCUUCUCCCUCUUUGCCAUCGUCGCAGGCUUCGCCCAGAACCCGUUCUGGAUGGACGUCCUCUGCGGCUUCCUGGGAAUCAGCACGGCCAUGAUGGUGCCGCCGGCCAUCGGAAUCCUCGGCGCGUCGUACGCCAAGCCGUCGAAGCGCAAGAACAUUGCCUUCUCGGCCUUUAGCGCCGGGAACCCCGUCGGGUUCGCCCUGGGCAGCAUCCUGGGCGGCGUGGUGGCCAAGGUGUUCAACUGGAGGGCCAUCUUCUUCAUGAUCGCCAUCAUAUGGGGUGUCCUCACCGUGAUCGCCUUCUGGGUCGUGCCGAGCGUCGAGGCCUUUGACGACGAGGCCAGCAGCAGCGGAGCCGACGGCCCCGCCAAGGCCGCGCCGUCGACCGGGGCUCGGCUGCGCGACUUCUUUCGCAAGUUCGACACGGUGGGCGCGGCGCUCACGCUCUUCGGGACCGGCCUCUUCACGGCCGCCAUCACGCUGGCUCCGCACGACGGCUGGGCCGCACCCCAGGUGUUGUCGCUGCUCAUCGUGGGCUUCGUCAUGGUCUGCGCCUUUUUGUACUGGGAGACGUACUGGCCCCACCCCCUGAUGCCUCCCAAGAUCUGGAAGGACAGGAACUUUUCUCUGCUUAUUGCUUCGCUCGUGCUCGGCGUCAUGGCUUUCAACUCGUCGUCAUUCUGGCUUUCGCUGUUCCUCCAACAGGUACAAGGCCUGAACUCCCUCGAGGUCGGCGUCCGCCUGCUGCCUCAGACCAUUGCCGGACUGACCUGGAACAUCGUGGCGGGGGCCAUCCUCCACCUGGUCAACAAUACGCUCCUCCACGGGAUUGGCGCCGUCGCAUACCUUGUGGCCAACCUGCUGCUGUCACUCAUGAGGCCCGAGUCGAGCUAUUGGGCUUUUAUUUUCCCGGCCCUUAUCAUCCAGGUCAUCGGGGCCGAUUUUCAAUUCAACGUGGUGAAUAUGUACGUGAUGCAGUCUCUCCCAUCCCACCAGCAGGCGCUGGCAGGAGGCAUAUUCAACACCAUGGUCCGGCUCUGCUCGACCCUGGCUUUGGGCAUCUCCACCGCCGUCUACGGCGGCGUGGAGCACACGGAGGCGGCCGCGCAGGACCCCAUGCUCAAGUACACUCGGGCCUUGCAGGUGUCUGUUGCGCUUGCCGCCGCCGGCAUACUCUUCGUGCCCUUCAUCCGCGUCGGGACCCAGGGCAACGACAGGCCCGAGGAGGAUGGGGAGGAGCACGUCGUCAGCGAGAAGAAGUAG